GUCUUUUUCUCUAUUUGAUAGGAUGUAACGUUAAGCAAAGCUGCUGGUUCAUUAGGUUUCAGUAUUAUCGGUGGCACCGACCAUUCCAGUAUUCCCUUUGGUGCUAAAGAACCCGGAAUUUUUAUAUCUCACAUGGUGCCAGGAGGAACCGCAGCUAGUAGUGGAAAGUUACGAAUAGGCGAUCGAAUUCUAAAAGUCAAUGGAACAGAUGUAACUCAAGCAACUCAUCAAGAAGCUGUGAUGGAAUUAUUACGUCCUGUAGAAUUAAUUACACUAUGUGUUCGACAUGAUCCUUUACCGGAAGGUUAUCAGGAGAUAGUUAUAGAAAAAACAGAAAAUGAAAAGCUUGGAAUGCAUAUAAAAGGUGGAUUACAAGGGCAAAGAGGUAAUCCAUUGGACAAGGCGGAUGAAGGAGUGUUUAUUUCAAAAAUCAAUUCGGUGGGGGCAGCGAGGCGAGAUGGAAGAUUGCGUACCGGCAUGCGUCUAUUGGAAGUUAAUGGACGUUCGUUGCUGGGAGCUACGCAUCAAGAAGCUGUGAAUACACUACGUUCUUGUGGCGACCUUAUUCACCUGAUUGUGUGUAAAGGUUACGAUCGUGCUGAUAUUGAAAGAGCUCAAGCAGAAGGUCGCCUAACGAGAACAGGUUCGACUAGCAGUCGUUCUCAGAGUGUUAGCUCUCUUGAUCGCGAUGAUGAAGAAAGCCAACAGGAGCAGAGGAUGAAGACCGAACUUGUUCAGUUUGAAAAGGAAGAAGCCGAGAAGAGAUUGAAGAUUUCGGAGAAUAACAGCGAAGAUCUUUCGUUAGUUGAGGCGCAACAAGUUACGACACCGGUUGAGAAGGUAAUGGACGUAGUAAGAGCAGUAGAAACGUUAGUUCACGUACCUAUCGAUCCUGCCAUUGUUCCUAAGUCUCCGGGAGGACCGAAUUCGGAGUUAAAAACAACUACUGUCGUUAUGAGCAAACAUACGUUGGCUCCACAAGCUACAACCGAAACUGGGGUGCAUGCUGCCACAUUACCCAAAUCUUUUGCACCUACUCCUUUAAACACUGGUUCUGCAACAGAUAUUCCUUUAGCAUCUUCCAAAAUUAACAGUCAGCAACAUUACCAAAUUCCUAUGUCAACCUCAACCUCUUCGUUACCUGACGCCGUUAAAGUUACAAAUUUUUCGAAUAAUGAAUUGGAGAUUUACGAAAGGGCUAGUAGAGUGGAGCAAAAAGUGAGCUUGCAAAAUUUACCCCCACCUCCAGAAGAAGUGCACUAUGAUUCUAUUGUCAAUUUUGUGGUUCCUCCUCCAAAUAGAUUCAGUAGUGGUGAUUUGCAAGAUGAAACUCUCACUCUACCCCCAUUCCCACAAUCUUACUUAGACGAUGUCUUCAGCUCAACCGAAAUUGAUUUGUAUUGUGUGCCUUCUCCUCCUCCGAGUUUUACAGCAGAUAAUGAAACUGCAUCAGAAAAAAUCGUAUUUCCAAAUGCCUUUUCUCGAGCAGUCUAUUACGAUGACACGAAGCAAAUCUACCACGAGUUAGAUGAUCAGCCCCCACCUUUACCGACAACAUUACCUCCCCCAUUAUCCAACUCACCUCCUCCAUUACCAAAAACCAAACCACCGCCAUUGUCAAACACAGUCUCACAUCACAAAAUAGAUUUCAUUCCACCAAAGGAGCAAUUUGACAGCACUCCUCAUCCGGAAAUACCUCACCUAUUACAUUUUACUAAUAUGCAUGAUAGCACCAUUGCAGUGGGUCUUGGACAUCACAUGUAUAACAGAAGUAUUUCUUCUGCUUCUAAGCCACCGCAAUCCCCGAAGAAUGUUUCUGCAAAGUUGUCGGUCAGUGAUAAGAAGAAAUUCUUCGAAAGCGCCAUGGAGGAGAGUCAACAUCCUACACCUAAGCCAGAGAAAGUAUUUAGUUAUCUAAGCGCUGAUGAAGUCGAAAGAAUGCGUGCUGAAGAAGAGAGAAAAAUCGCCACCUUGUCGCGUGCCGAUAUUAAUUCACUUUCCGUUCUGGAGCAUUCAGAUGAUGAAUCUGUGGAAUCUCAACCAAUCAGACCUGCAAGUACAAUUGGAAUAGUUCGCACGGCUAAAGCAGAACGACGCUUACGAGAUCGUCUGAGGGAGGAAGGUUUGCUGACAGAUGAAGAUGACUUUAAUUUAUCGCCCGCAGAGGAAAGAACUCUACGUGCUGAGAAAAGAGCCGCAUGGCGACAGGCCAGAUUGAAGUCUUUAGAACAGGACGCGAUCCAGGCUCAAAUGGUUAUCAAGUCGAUGACGGACAUGGUCGCAUCCGGUGAAAUAAUUUCGGCAUCCGUUCAAAACGAGGAUACACCUGUAAAAUCGUCAGAGCUGAGACCUUCUAGUGCUGAUUUCCCAAAGCUAACGGUGCGCAGUAAACCGGGAAGUACGACCGUUCGUGAAAGCGAGAAGAUACUGGGAGAAACCGUAACGCAGAAAACAGAAGAGUACAUAGAUGACGCGACUGGAGAAAAACGAGUGCGCACCGUUGAAUAUGUUGAGAAACUGAUCGAGAAAGAGGUGGAAACGUUACAAGAAAAAAUAAUAUCAUUAGAAUUAACAAACGAUGCUACUGUGACCGUCAAUGGAAACAACAAGAACGAAGAAGAUGACGAAAACGAAUCAGAAGAGCCCACGACUCCAACUGCCGGUGAUAAUACUACUUUAGGUGACGAAUCUAAUCUUAAUAAUAAGAAAAAGAAACGAAAAAGAUCUAAAAAAGGUAAACAUUAGCGUUUAAAUGUAAGUGUAUGAUGUUUAUUAACUCCAAGGUGGAUGGGUCUUCUCGGUAGUGUAAUUAACUUAUUUUACGAAAAUGUACAAAGAGUAUUUAAUGUUUGUCAUUGCAUAUUUUAGUCACGCCUUUCACAAAGGAAUCGGUAUUAAAAGCAAGUAUGUCUUUAACAAAAAGUAUUUUAAUGUUACAUAGAGAUUAAUAUUUUAAUAUGGUGGUUUAUAUAUACUUGUCAUUUUAUAAAAUAUUACAACACUAUUGACAUAA